AUGCGUCCUGUGUGGCUAUUGGUGGCUGUGGCGGUGGUGGGCGUGGCCACAGAGGCUGUCAGUCAGUGCUUGGAACAUCCCAGCUGUCAGGAGGUCAACUCUGAGAGCAGCAUGCUGGAGUGCAUCAAGCUCUGUCGCUCUGACCUCACCGCUGAGAUUCCCAUCGUCCCGGGAGAUGCCCACCUACAACCUUUCUCUCCGUCAGACCCUGAGCCCCUGCUUUCCCUCUCUCUUCUAUCGUCCUCCUCCUCUCCUCAGGCCAAGCGCUCCUACUCCAUGGAGCACUUCCGCUGGGGGAAGCCUGUCGGGAGGAAGCGCCGCCCGGUCAAAGUCUACACCUCCAACGGCGUGGAGGAAGAGUCAGCCGAGAGUUUCCCCGGAGAGAUGAGGAGGAGGGAGCUUGUGAUAGAGGACGAUGAGAAGGCGGAGGAGGUGGCGGAAGAGGAGCAGCUCCCCGGUGACAUCCACGAGAAGAAAGAUGGCACCUACAAGAUGAAGCACUUCCGCUGGAGUGGUCCACCGGCCAGCAAACGCUACGGUGGCUUCAUGAAGAGCUGGGACGAGCGCAGCCAGAGGCCGCUGCUCACGCUCUUCAAGAACGUCAUCAACAAAGAUGGACAGGAGCAGAAGAGAGAGCAGUGA